CAACAUCAUCCAGGCACCAUGGCUUGCAAAAUCGCUUUCUUCACCGCCGCCCUCUUCCUCAUCCUCGCGCUGUCUCAGGCGGCGCCUGCUGAAGAAAAACCAGUAGAAACCUUAAAUGUCGAAGCUGAGAAGGAUGAUUUAGAAACUGCUGAAAAAGAUGACCUUAAAACUGCAGCCUCACAUUGGGGCGGACAUUGGGGUGGUUAUGGCGGACAUUACGGACACUGGGGUUACCCAUCCUACUAUGGCUAUGGUUGGGGCUACCCUAGCUACGGUUACGGCUACUGGCCCUACGGUGGUAUCUACGGCCACGGAUAUGGCGGCUAUGGCCAUUACGGUUGGUGGUAGGACAAUUUUACAUAGAUAUCGAUUCUAAUGCCAGUAUUAACUAUAAGGAAAACGUUCGAAAUGCGAGUAACUAAGUUGAGAUUGAUAGAUUUAUUUCAGAAAAUAAUAUUACAUGUAUACCUAUAUAUCUAAUUUUUAAAGAUAUUUGUAAUGUACCACACUCGAUAUUUCUGUACACUGUGUAUUCUUAUUUUUCUUUGUUUAACAGAGGUACCAUCGAACUUUAUGAGUCGUGUGUGGGCAAUCUCAUAACUUGCCGGUAAAUGUGUAUAUUACUAUGUUAAGGUUUAUCUAUAAUAGCUUUUACUGACAAUGUUUUGUGAAUUUUAUUUUCGUUAUUUCUUAUUUAUAUAUUCAUUAAAGUGAACC